AUGCGGGUGAGGAGCUGGAAGAGCUGCCAGCCGAGGACGACUGAACCACUGUUUCUAAAGUGCCCAACUGUGACGACAGCGAUUCCAGUUCCACCUCCUGCUCCAGUCCCUGCUCCAUUGCCGCCUCCUACUCCCACUCCUGCCCCGGCUCCAGCUCCAGCUCCACCUGCUGCUCCUCCUCCGUUAGUAGACAGUCCUCCAGCCCCUGCUCCAGCUCCUCCUCCAGUUCCCGCCCCUCCUCUAGUGUCGGCCCCGCCUCCAGCUCCAGCCCCGCCUCCAGUUCCGGCGCCGCCUCCAGUUCCAGCCCCGCCUCCAGUUCCAGCCCCGCCUCCAUUUCCAGCCCCGCCUCCAGUUCCAGCCCCACCUCCAGUUCCAGCCCCACCUCCAGUUCCGGCUCCACCUCCAGUUCCAGCCCCGCCUCCAGUGCCAGCCCCGCCUCCAGUGCCAGCCCCGCCUCCAGUGCCAGCCCCGCCUCCGGUACCGGCUCCGCCUCCAGUUCCGGCUCCGCCUCCAGUUCCGGCUCCGCCUCCAUUUCCGGCUCCGCCUCCAUUUCCGGCCCCGCCUCCAGUGCCAGCCCCGCCUCCAGUGCCAGCCCCGCCUCCGGUACCAGCCCCGCCUCCAGUUCCACCCCCACCCCCAGUACCGGCUCCGCCUCCAGUACCAGCCCCGCCUUCAGCACCAAUCUCCCCAGUUCCACCUCCACCAGCUGAUGGUCUCCCAACUCCACCCCCACCUGCAGAAGGUCUUCCAGAUCCACCACCUCCGUCAGUAGAUAGUCCUCCCCCUCCAGCUCCCCCUCCAGCUCCCCCUCCAGCUCCUCCCCCCGUAGACGGCCGUCCCCCAGUAGCUGUCCCGCCUUCUCCAUUGGGCGGUCCCCCACCAGCAUUUCCGCCAGCAUUUGUCGUCCCAUCCCCAUUCCCCUCCAUUAGCCUCCAACUGCAGCAGCUGUUGAGCUUUUGCCCGGAUGUUCGGGAACACGUUCUUCUCAAAGUACGCGAGUUGUCUCGCUUCCGUAGCUCCCCACGCCGCCACUUGCGUCGGCCACAAGGUACCGCGCCGCAUGGUCUUCGAACAGAUCGACGCUCAGCAGGCGUCGCCCGUCCUGCAGUCGUGACGACGCCAGAAGCGCUUGCUCCAGCGCAACAAGCGGAUCGCCUGCCGGAGCGUCUGCGGCGGCUUGGGCAGCGACAACAGCCACCGCUGCAAGGAGCAGGUAGCGUGCGCACCGCAUUCUCCCUCGUAUGCGUUUAA